CAGGAGUGACUCUGCUGCAUGAUGUGAUACUUAAAGUAAAUUUGGUUCUGUACUGCGUUUUCUAUGAAAGAGAAAACCAGGGAAAAGUAAGCCAGUUACGCCGACUUUAUUGUAAGCAGUUCCUCAGGCGGGUUGUUCCAAAGUUCAAGUUCAACGUUAACUUUCUUGGGACGGUCAGCAGCUGGUUAACAGAUCUGUACCUUUAGUGUAGAGAGAAUUAGUUUCUUUGAAAGAGACUGAAGAGGAAAGAAUCCUGUUGAGAUCCUUUUUACUACAGAGUGAUAAGUUUGUACGAUGCAGUACUGCAGUACUCGGGGUGGGGUCCAUGGAUGGGACUUCCGGGAUGUGCUGUUUUCGGGUUACGCUCCAGAUGGGGGGAUGUUUAUGCCAGAGAGCGUGCCUCUGCUGAGCCCAGACACCCUAAGGUGCUGGAGGGGGCUGCCCUACACCAAACUGGUGGUGGAGGUUGCCUCGCUGUUCAUCCCCACUCAGCUCAUCCCCAGACAGGACCUGGAGGUCCUGGUGGCAGAAGCCCUGUCUAGUUUCUCAGUGCCUGAGGUGGUCAGAAUCGCCCGACUGAAGGGGGGUCUGUCAGUCCUAGAGCUCUUCCAUGGAGAAACUUUGGCCUUUAAGGACCUGGCUAUGACCUGCACAGUGCGUUUCCUUGACUACUUCCUGCGAAAAGAGAAUUGCAGAGCUGUCGUUCUUGUAGGUACAUCAGGUGACACAGGUGGCUCAGCCAUCCAAAGCGCUAAAGGUCUGUCUGGGUUGGACGUGGUGGUGGUUUACCCCCAAGGACGCAUCACCCCAGUGCAAGAGAAACACAUGAUCACCUGUAUGGAAGAUAACGUCCACGUGUUUGCAGCGGAUGGCAGCUCGGAUGACAUAGACCAGCCUCUGCGCCAUCUGUUUGCUGACCAGGAGCUGGUUAAGUCUCACGGCCUCAUGAGCCUCAACUCAGUCAACUGGUCUAGAGUCAUGAUCCAGCUCGCCCACUUCAUCUAUGCUUACCUGGAGCUCAGUGGUAUGGAGCAGAAUGAGGCAGAUGCUGCCUUGCCUGAGCUGGAGGUGGUGGUGCCCACUGGAGGGGCAGGAAACAUUGCAGCUGGGUUCAUUGUAAAGCAGAUGGGAUUACCCCUGAAGCUGGUGGCCAUGGUCAAUUCUAAUGACAUAGUUCACAGGACGGUAACCAGAGGUGACUUUUCCAUGGCAGCUGAUGUCACUCGAACUUUGGCCCCUGCUAUAGACAUCCAGGACCCGUACAACAUGGAGCGAGUGUUCUGGCUGCUGUUGGACAGAGAUGGAGCUUCAGUCAAGAACAUGAUGGAAGAGUUUCAACAUACACAUAGACACACUCUGCCUGAAAACCUCCGCAAGCUGUUAUCACACGUUCUAUCAAGUGGAACAGUGACUGAUGAAGGGAUCCUUGAGACCAUGAGGAGGUGCUGGGAGGAAAACCAGUAUGUGCUGUGUCCUCACACAGCUGUGGCUGUGUGGCUUCACUACCACUGUCCUCCCAGCCCUGGACUCAACAGGUGUUACAUUGCGACAGCAUCUCCAGCCAAGUUUCAAGCAGCGGUGCAGAAGGCUGGACUGACCUUUGACCUACCUGAGGCGGUGCGGGCGUUGGACAAGUUAGCCACUCGUUGCCAGAACCUGGAGCGGAGUCCGGACUGGUGCAAAGACUGGGAGGAAAGACUGAGAGAGAAAAUCGUCUGUGAGCUCAUCCAAGAACAACACAGGGACUCACUAGAGCUGAUUAUGACAGAUGUUAUUAUACUGGAAUACAGGGUUUUACUUCAGAAAUCCUCAAACUGUGCAUGAGUGAGGUCAGGUGACUCAGCAGCUUGUCCUUGAUCAGUGCAUUUCCUUAUCUGUAUGUGGUAAAUGAUCUUGAUGGCCAAGGCGUUUUUUUCGGUCUCUUUGAUGGACUUUGGUCUGUGUAGCUGUUUUUACAAUGAGGGUAACAGAGCAAGGAGCUUGUUUCCUACAUCUACCACAAGUUACAAGAAACCACAAAGUAAUGUAACAGAAGCACUGAGAACAAGGAUGUUUUACGCACUUGUGGAUAUCUUAUCUUAAAAGUUAUUAGAUGCCCUUUUGUGCAGCGUUGGUUAGUUUGACCCAGAUCCAUGUAAAAAAUGCACCCUCAGCAAAAUUAGAUGUUUCUUUUUUUUCCAAAACAAAACAUAAAGUCAUCAGACAAAUUUUCUUUUUGUGGACAACCAUUGCACUGAGGUUCGUAAACCUCUUCUUAUCUCAAAGGUAACGUUGAGAUUAUGGAUGCGUUUGUUUAGGUAAAUUCUAAAACGUACAGAGACCUCUGUCAGUCAUGAAAGCCUGGGCUGCUGCUCUCAGUACCAACACAAUGCACAAGGCCUUUUCCGCAGCAGACACUGACUUGCCAUAGUGGAAAAAGCAAGUAAGCUGUGGCAGGGAGUCACAUGCACAAUACCCGAGCCCUACCUAUGAGUUACUUUCCAGCACUGAUGUUAUAGAUGUUUUUAGCUACGUCUGUGCCGAUCCUGCUAUGACAGGUCAAAUUGUCUGCCGUUCAUAAGGUCUGUUGUGUGUAAUAUAAAUUACUGAUACAAUGAUUUAAAGUUGCUGUUUAACUUUCAGGAGGCUGAGUGUGUUAAUUAUUGACUGCUGUUAUCUGCACCUUUGGUGAUGACACUAUCCUUUGAUCAAACUACCAGCAGAAGUUGAAACUUUGUGGUUUUGGUGUCAGUCAGAUUCUGCUCUGCCCAAAAUAUAAUCUGGCAAUACAUUUAGAUUGUGUUAUAUAUGUGUUGAAUUUACCUCAAAUGUUUAUGUGAUAAAUUUUAAAGUCUAGAGUAAUUUAACAUGUUCAACUUAUGUAGUAACUGGUUUCUGCCUUGAGGUGGCACCCAGCUCACACAAGGCAUCAUUACGUAAGACAGGAGGUUUUACUGACUGCCGAUGCCGGCAGUACCACGUCCAACAGAAUGUAACCAAUAUCAC